CCGCCGCCGCCGCCAGCAACAAGUCGGGUGAGUGCGGCGACCUUGCGGGCGGCGAGGCCCGCGCCGAGCCCGGCCCGGCCCCGCCCGCUCCGGCGAGGCCCGUGCGGCGGCCGAGGCGAGCGGAGCCCUCUGAGCCGCGCCGGGCGGAGCCGCCGGGGCCGGGCCGCUGGAGCGCCGCGCCGGGCGGGCGCGUCCCCGGGCGGAGAUGGCGCGGCACCCCUGAGGGAUCGCCGGGAAAGUUUCCCAAGUUUCCCCGUCGGGCGCGGACGCGGGCUGUUCCCUCCCGGCGAGGAAUGCAACAGACGGCCCGCGAUGAAGGCGGGCACCCCUGGCCGGAGCCGCUCGGCAGCGUCAGCCUCCCCUUCCGCUGCCCGCGAUGCGGCGACCACACCAGGUUCCGGAGCCUGUCGUCCCUGCGGGUGCACCUGGAGUACAGCCACAGCUUCCAGGAGAGCAGCCUGCUGGCCAGGAGCAGCCUGUUCUCGCCGCUGAAGGAUGCGGAGCUGGUGUCCCCGCCGGAGCCCGCGCCCCAGGGCAGCCCGGGGAGCCCCGGCGGCUCCGCGGGGCCCUUCCUGAACUUGGGCGGCGCGUCCUGCGGGAGCGGGAAGGGCGGGCAGCCGCGGGAGCUGCCCGCGGAGCGCCCGGGAGCCUACCUGGCCAACUGUGUGUCGGCUGAGUCUCCCAGCGAGCAGGUGUCCAAACCCGGGCUCCCGGCCACUGACUCCAAAGCCUCCUUCGAGGCACAUGUCCGGGAAAAGUUUAACAGGAUGGUGGAGGCCGUGGACAAAACGAUCGAGAAGCGGAUCGACAAGCUUACCAAAGAGCUGUCCCAGAAGACGGCGGAGCUGCUGGAGGUGCGGGCGGCGUUCGUGCAGCUGUCCCAGAAGAAGCAGGAGGUGCAGCGGCGGGAGCGGGCCCUGAGCAGGCAGGUGGAUGUGGCCGUGGAGAUGAUCGCAGCCCUAAAGCAGCGGCUCAGCGAGUCCGAGGAGGAGCUUCACCGCAAAGAGGAAGAAGUUGUUACUUUCAACCACUUCCUGGAAGAAGCAGCAGAAAAAGAAGUGCGGGGGAAAGCCAGGCUGCAGCACUUCAUCGAGAACCUGUUGCAGCGCGUGGAUCUGGCGGAGAGGCAGCUGGAGUAUUACCAAAAUCAGCAGAUGGUGUGCCACCACACCGACGGCAGCGAGCACGUGUUUACAGACAUUUCAUUAAAUAAGAAACCCAGAUGCCUGAGCCGAGGAAGUCAACACGCUUCAUAUAACAUGCCUGAUGCAAAGCCUCAUUCCUUUCAGAAAGGAAGAAUCUUGUUGAAAAAGGCAAAGGAUGAAAAGACCAGCUUGCAGCCAGUAAAAUGCUUCUAUGAACCUGUUGAUUGCCCAAGGGAGAUAUGGAGAGCACAAAAGAAGGGUGAACCAGUCUGCUCUGCCAGGAAAGUGAGCUCAAAAUCAAAGAUGAGUAAAAAGGCCAAGCCGCUACAGGAGCGGUGAGCAAUACGCAGUAACGCAGGAACUUGGCUUCGACACAACAAAUAUUGAACCAAGUUAGUCAUCCCACUUUUUCCUAUCCAUCUGCCCAUGCCAAAACAUAUCAGCUAUAAUAUAUAGAAAUAUAUACAUAUGGAAGAUUUAUAUUAUUUAGUAACGCCAUUCCCUCUUUGGGCGCCGUAAGAGAAGUGACGUUUUAUUCAGUUUACUUGGAGGUUUUUCUAUUUAUUCAUUCAUUUAUUCAUUUAUUUAUUUAGUCAUUUAUGGAGCUUAUUUUAAAUGACUGCAGUUAUCUUGCUGGGCAGUACUGUGGCUGUAUGUUUAAUUAUUUUACUGGCAGCAUGCGGCCUGGUAAUUUAUUUUCCAUCUGUGUUGUUGCCGAAGUUCAGAAGAAUCCAUUUAAUCGGCACCUAAAUAUCCAGUCUUUCAGCUUAGGUUGUUGUAAGAUCAAUGACUAACUGUUACCUGCACAGACAGAUGCAAAAAGCCUACUUGAGUUGCCUGAAGGCUGUUUACAGCAGUAGAUUGCUACCCUGGAUUUCCUGAUAUAGGCCCAGUCUGACACAUUUCCAUGUUGUAUUGGAUACAUUAAACCACUCAAUCUUACCAGCAGCCACACUGUUCUGUUGGUACAAGUUUGGGCUCCUCUGGUGUCACUUAACAAGGAAACCAGAAGCUGGUACUGCAGCUCUGACAAGCCCAGACCCAAUUGAGCCAGAGGAGUUUCAGUGCCAAGAGCCAGUGGCAGGUUGUCAGCUGUGGCACAGUGAGUGACAGGCU